AUGCGCGAGGAAGACAGCUCGGAAUCUGGACAGGAAAGUGAUGUUCAGCUGCCUCCUUCUGCCGGUAUCAUGGGAGAUGGUCAGGCUGGAGGGUCAGGGGCCCUUGCUCAUGAAGAAGUUGAUGCCGUAUUAGCAGCUGCUUACCUUCCUAUGGAUCCCAUAGAGGUUCGAUUCGCUCGCUGUGAGGCACUUGCUGCGCAUGGAUAUAUACCGCAGGCAACUACACUAGCUCUUCAGCUUUCCAAGUAUCUCGUUGGCCACCUCCAAGACCUUUCGGAUGUCGAAGAUGCUCGCUCACAUCAUAUCCUCAGCACCGAUGAAGCCAAUCAUGCAGGGAUGUUCACUUUUUUGUUAAACGUUCUACAAUGCCCUAAAUAUCCGAUGGCGACUAAAUAUCUUCAAGUGAAACUAUAUUAUUUGGAAGGUGAAAUCGUGUCCCUUCUCCAAACUGCCAAUGUAGAAGAUCACGAGUUAGAACAGCUCAGAGAUGCAGCUGUGCAAAUGGCUACUGCUGUAGCAUCGCAAAUUGUACCUCCUAUAGCUUUGGCACAUUUCAUUCUCGAUAGAUUGAGUUAUUCUUUCAACGUUUGCGAACUGGAUCAGAAUGGUCAACCAACUGCAAGGGUAAUCCCCGCUCGAGUGAGUUCGCGCCGACCACAAGAUGACGACCUUGCCCUGAAAGCAGCUUUGGACGCCAUUGGUGCGCGUCCCUUAUUUUCCGAAGAGGAUUACCCAUUGCUAAGUGAAGCAGCGCGUAGACAGAAAGGCGAAUUGGCCAUUGCUUUGCUAACA